ACGUUUACUGAAACUAACCUCAAACGAGUCGCGUUUGAUAUUCCGUGUUCAUUAUUCGGGCAGUAUCUGUGAAAACAAGGUAUUCAUUCUGGAUAAAAUUGCAUUGAAGCUAACUUUUAAACUGGUCCACAAUGACGACCUGCAGUGAAUAUAUAGAGUCCGAAUUCCCGCAUAUUGACGACGACUUGAAGCAGUAUGUUGAAGAUGUACUGCAAAACGGAGCUGAUGAUUUCCAAGACAGUGAGGAAGUUUAUGAUGCCGUUGGAGAAGUUUUGCAGGAGGUUUCCACUGAUAAAUCUGAGCUGGAUAUUAGGAACAUUUGCAAUGAUCUGUUGAGAAUAAUGAAACCAGAUAUAGGAGACAAUAAACAGAAUGGGCAGAGGAAAGUGUUAAAUGCUCCUGUCCAUUUGGGAUCAAUGGCUGCAAACCUGGAGAACAAUGUGGAUGACAUCAAAAGUAUUUGGGUUAUGCACAGGGAUGACACUUUGAAGGUGGAUUCAAGGAAAUUGGAGAAAGCUGAAGCAAAGUUACAGGAGAAGCAGGAGAAAAGGUCCAAGGAUUAUUCCAAUAAAACAGUAGUUAUUCCUGUUCUACAAACUGCAACUGCUUCACAAGUUACUAGUAAAAAGGAGAUUAAAUUAGAAGCGAAGGGUAAUAACAGGACGCAGGAUAUUCGCAUCGAGAAUUUUGAUAUUGCUUACGGCGAUAGAGUUCUGUUGACCAGCGCCGACGUGUCUUUAGCUUUUGGGCGAAGAUACGGUUUAGUAGGUAGGAACGGUUUAGGAAAAACGACGCUCCUGCGAAUGAUAUCUUCAGGACAAUUGAGGAUACCGUCUCACGUUACCAUUUUGCACGUCGAACAAGAGGUUAUAGGUGAUGGCACGUUAGCUUUGGACAGCGUGCUGGAAUGCGAUACAGUUCGGCAGAAUCUGCUGAAGACUGAGAAGGAGCUUAGCAAUGCCAUCAACGCCGGAUCUACGGAUCCGGAGCUGUCCAAUAAAUUAACGGAGGUCUAUGCCCAAUUGCAAAAUAUUGAAGCUGAUAAAGCGCCGGCGAAGGCUUCCAUUAUUCUAGAUGGUUUAGGUUUCACAUCGGCUAUGCAAAGCAGAUCAACAAAAACAUUCUCCGGCGGUUGGAGGAUGAGAUUGGCCUUAGCGAGAGCCCUGUUCUCUAGGCCCGAUCUCCUGUUGCUCGAUGAACCUACUAACAUGUUGGACAUCAAAGCCAUCAUUUGGUUAGAGAAUUACCUGCAGAACUGGCCCACGACGUUGCUCGUAGUCUCUCACGACCGAAACUUCUUAGACACUGUCCCAACAGAUAUCCUGUACUUGCACUCUCAACGCAUUGAAUCCUACCGUGGCAAUUACGAGCAAUUCAUGAAAACCAAAACGGAAAAGCACAAGAACCAACAGAGGGAGUUCGAAGCGCAGCAGCAGCAUCGCGCUCACGUCCAAGAGUUUAUAGACAGGUUUAGGUAUAACGCGAAUCGCGCGUCGAGUGUACAAUCAAAAAUUAAGAUGCUCGAAAAACUGCCAGAAUUAAAACCCAUCGAGAAAGAAAUUGAUGUGGUGCUGAGGUUCCCCGACACCGAAGCACUGUCACCUCCGAUCUUGCAGCUGAGCGAAGUCCUCUUCAGAUACAAUGCUGAACGUGUCAUUUUCAGCGACGUAAAUUUGAAUGCAAAUCUCGAGUCGAGAAUAUGUAUUGUCGGUGAUAACGGAGCUGGUAAGACGACGCUCCUGAAGAUCAUAAUGGGAAUAUUGGCGCCCACCUCUGGCAUAAGACAUACUCAUCGCAACUUAAAGUUCGGAUACUUCAGCCAGCAUCACGUAGAUCAGCUGGAUAUGAACGUGAAUUGCGUGGAGUUGCUUCAAUCCACUUAUCCAGGUAAACCAGUGGAGGAAUAUAGGCGACAAUUGGGAAGUUUUGGAGUUUCCGGUGAUCUUGCCUUGCAGACUAUAGCCAGUUUGUCUGGAGGUCAAAAGUCGCGUGUAGCGUUCGCUCGCAUGUGCAUGGGUUACCCGAACUUCCUGGUGCUCGAUGAACCUACAAAUCAUUUGGACAUCGAGACCAUCGAGGCGUUAGGAAAGUCAAUAAAUAAAUACAAUGGAGGUGUGAUAUUAGUAUCUCACGAUGAGCGACUCAUCAGAAUGGUUUGCAAGGAAUUGUGGAUCUGCGGUAAUGGAAGUGUUAAGAGCAUAGACGGAGGCUUCGACGAGUACCGUAAAAUCGUCGAGCAGGAACUCGAGGCCCAAUCCAAAUGAUUCUGGUACUAAAUUAUAUAUAUAUAUAAUAACAAUUAUUUUCUUCGUGUAUAUAUAUUAUACAAUAUAUGCUAAUUGUUAUAAGAUAUUUAUUUAAAGAAAGAAAUCUUGGGGCAAUUUCGCCGCUCCAUUUUAUUAUAAUUAUAUAUUAUUUUUUACAAAGCCUAUUAAAUUAUAGAUUACUUUUGAACUAGAUAAUUGCGUUAUAUGAUAUACAUAUAUUAGUGAAUGAUAUAAUAUAUGCACAUGCAGAAAGUAAAAUUAUGAGCGACAAUUUGUGAUUUAUAUGUAUCAAUUACUUCAUUUUCUGUAAACAAAAAAAGAUUGAUUGAUUUCUACAAAAACAGCAAUUGCAACCUGUAACAUAAUAUAUUACAUUUACAUUUUGUUCCUCCUGUUU